UCCGGACUCCCCAUCGAUCAGGAGCUCCGGGAAUUUCCCUGGCCGGGGGGCUCCGGGCUUUCCAGCCCCGAACAUGCAUAAAAAGGAUUCGCCGACCUCGGGGAGCCACAGAGCCCGGGCCGCAGGCACCUCCCCGCCGGCUCUCCCGCUCCUCGCACCGCCGCCCGACCCGCCCGCCGAGCCCCAUGGCCCGCGCCGCGCCCUCCGCCGACCCCCGCAACCCCCGGCUCCUGCGGGCGGCGCUGCUGCUCCUGCUCCUGGUGGCCGCCGGCCGGCGCGCGGCAGGAGCGCCCCUGGCCAAUGAACUGCGCUGCCAGUGCCUGCAGACCCUGCAGGGGAUCCACCUCAAGAACAUCCAAAGUGUGGAAGUGAAGCGGCCGGGACCCCACUGCGACCGAACCGAAGUCAUAGCCACACUCAGGAAUGGGCAGAAAGCUUGUCUGAACCCCGCAUCCCCCAUGGCUAAGAAAAUCAUCGAAAAGAUGCUGGACAGGGAGAGCACCAACUGACAAGAGUGAAGUAAGAAGCUCAUCAGCUCAUCAUUGGCACUUCCUGCAGGGUGGUCCCUGCCCUAUGAGAGCUGAAAAUGAAAAGAGAACAGCUGCUUUCUUGGGACACCUGGAAAGGACUUAAUGUGUUUGACUAUUUCUUAGGAGAGUUCUACUUAUUUAUGUAUUUAUUUAUUUUUGAAAGCUUUUAUUUUAAUAUUUCAUAUGUUUUUAUUUAAAGAUGUGUGUUUUAUCAAACAUAGCUCAAUCCUGAUUAUUUAAUUGGAAUAUGAUGGGUUUUAAAUGUCUCAUUAAACUAACAUUUAGUGGGAGACCAUUAUGUGUGAGCCAGCUUGAUAAAUGAUAGGGUAGGGAAUUGCGGGGUGGGGGGUGUUGGAAUGAAAGCAAUUAGUGAGGUCACUGUUAGGGUAAGGAAUGUAUGUGCCAAUCUACUUUUUAUACUUUUUUUUUUUUUUAAUGAAUGUCCGUUGUUAUUUAUUGAAAUUAUCUCACAUCAUGCGUUCAACAUUUUUAUGCUGAAGUUUCCCUUGGAUAUUUUAUGUCUUGUGUGUAGGGCAUAAUGCCUUGUUUAAUGUCCAUUUUGCAAUGUUUCUCUUUGCCUUUCAACAGAGAAGUUACCAUUACUGUUAUAUUUUUACAAAUGAUAUGAUAAUAAAAGUUUUAUG